AUGUCCUCUCCCUCCCCAAAUCCUUCUUCCUCCUUCAAUCCUCCAAAGUCAAUUCUUAUUGUCGGCUCUGGAGUCUUUGGUCUCUCGACAGCUUGGUCACUUGCGAAACGUCCUGAAUUUUCAAAGACGAAGAUUACCAUCGUUGAUCGGAGUAGCUUUCCUGCUCCCGAUGGCUCGUCGAUUGAUACUUCUCGAAUAAUCCGACCGGAUUACGCAGACCCAGCGUACGCCGCACUCGCUGCAAAAGCCCAUGAGACAUGGCGACAGCAAGGUCCAGAUGAACUCGGUGGUUCAGGGCGAUACUCGGAGUCCGGUCUCACUCUGGUUGCCAAUCGAGGUUCCAACGGACUUCCUUAUGUCCGCUCGUCCUACGAGAACGUGCUUGCCUUGAACAAAGGCACACCGAACGAGGGCACCGUCCACGAGCUCAAGUCCUCGGAAGAGAUCAAGAACUGCGUGCGUACAGGCGGUACCAAUGGCAACUGGGGCUACAUCAACACCCGCAGUGGUUGGGCUGACGCGGAAGCAAGCAUGAUCUGGCUCCGCAAGCAAGUCGAAGCCACAAAACGCGUCACAUUCCUCAUCGGAACCGUGUGCUCUCUCCUCUACAGCUCUGCUUCAUCUGUCGAAGGAGUCAAGCUCUCCGACAACACAGCCAUAAAAGCAGACCUCACAAUCCUCGCCACUGGUGCCUGGACACCUACCCUCGUCGACCUCCGCGGCCGCUGUCAAGCAACCGGCCAAGUCCUCUCCUACAUCGACAUCAGCGAUGCCGAACAAGCGGCCCUCGCAAAGAUGCCCGUCCUCCUCAACAUGAGCAGUGGCAUGUUCGUCAUCCCACCGGCAAACAACAUCCUCAAAGUAGCUCGUCACGGCUACGGCUACACCAACCCGACUACAAUGCCCUGCCCAUCUCCCAAUCCCUCUCCUGCAGACACCACGAUCUGCUGUCCUCGCACCGCUCUCGACGACCCCACGCUCUGGAUCCCACAAGAGGGAGAAAUGGCCUGUCAUCGUGCUCUUCGCGAAAUGGUUCCUUCGCUGGGCGAUCGACCUUUCACACACACCAAGAUAUGUUGGUACACAGACACGCCCACCGGUGAUUUCUUAAUUGAUUAUCACCCUUCCUUCUCGAACCUGUUUUUGGCGACGGGAGGAAGUGGUCACGGGUUCAAGUUUUUGCCUGUGAUAGGGGAUAAGAUUGUCGAUUGUGUGAAGGGAGAGUGCCCCAAGGAGUUUAAGGAGAAGUGGGCGUGGAGGAAAGAGCCGGUGGAGAAUGUUGUCACCGAGGAUGGGUCGAGAGGUGGGAGACCGGGGAUGAUUCUUGAUGAAGAGUUGCGGAAGGGGAGUAGGCUAUGA